CCCACCCUUACCUGACCCCAACCUUAACCAUAUCAAUAUCGAUAACCCUUACCUAACCCUAACCUUAACCCUUGCAUGAACCUUUUUAAAUGUAAACUUCAAUGGGAAAGGGACGUCCCAAAGAUCCCGGAUUGCAUGGACCCCCCAAUAGGAGCUCAGCCGACUUGGACUUGAAUGAGGUGGUGAGCUCAGAAGCCCAGCAGACAGACUGAUACAAAGUAGCACAAGCUGUCUGUUCACAAACAUCAGGGAUACUGGAGUACCUACGGCAGGCUGCGGUCCGGUAGGGGGAGGGGGAGGACGAAGGCAACUGAGACCCUAGACCACUGACUUCCACCCGCAGAAGAUUUGACCGAGAAAUAAAAUAUCGUAUGUUUUUUUUUGUGAUUCCUGACCCGCCGCGCGCAUGAAAAGUGAAGUGGAGAGAUAUUCGAGCCGUUUUUCGUUUAGCUUUCCAGAUGUAAAUGUUCAACUUCAUGGGUCUAAUAAACGGUACAGCGGCCAUACAGACCAAUGUAUCCUGUACAUGUAACUGCAAACGCUCGACUUCAUUCCAAAGCAUGGAGAUCACCCAGUUGGAGUUUGUGCAGAUCCUGGUGAUCGUUGUGGUGAUGAUGGUGAUGGUGGUAGUGAUCACCUGCCUGCUCAACCACUACCGCCUGUCAGAACGCUCCUUCAUCUCCAGGGACAGCCAGGCCCGCAGACGCCACCUACCACUGGCCUCUGAUGGGAGUCUGUGGUCCUCAGAUGGCCCAGGGCCCGCCAGUGGAAUGAGCGAGCAGCAGGUGUACACCACGCGUCCCCCGGACCGCGUCCCCUCCUAUCUGCAGAGGGAGCGUCUGGCCCGCUUCCAGCCCACCUACCCCUACCUGCCCCACCCCAUCAUUGACCUGCCGCCCACCAUCUCGCUGUCGGACGGCGAAGAGCCUCCGCCCUACCAGGGCCCCUGCACUCUGCAGCUCCGUGACCCCGAGCAGCAGAUGGAGCUUAACAGGGAGUCGGUGCGUGCGCCCCCCAACCGCACAGUCUAUGACAGCCUCCUCCUCGACACCUCCCUGUGCCCACCGCCCAGCCUCAACUCCGGGGUCAGCACUACCACGGUAGCCACGGCUGCCCAGGCCUACUCCAGCCGAGUGGAAGGGGCACCACCAACUUAUAGCGAGGUGAUAGGGCACUACUACCACCCCUCUUCACUACCCAGGCACCACCACCAGACUUCCAGUGGCGGCAGGGUCGCAGGGCGUGGAGUCAGGUUAGGAGGCCCGGGUCCCUCGUCGCCGUCUUUGCUACUCCACGGGAUUCUCAAGCAGGACCACCUGAGCAGCCUGGAGAGCAGGAAUGUGCGCAACAAAAAGGAGAAGCAGACUCCUGAACAGGUGUGACGACAGUGUUGGUCUCGGGCAUUGUUUUCCGAGGCUGCUUUCUCCUUCUCCGCGCACUUUAGCUGAACUGUUGGUGGCAAGCAGGGUUGGAGAGGGUGACAUGCAGUGGCGGGGGGGGGG